GCAGCGAAGGCCCACCCUGACCCCGUCCGCUGCAGGGAGGGACUCUUAGCGGCAGACCUUCCCAGAAAGUGGGACAGCCAGGGGGUCCAGGCUCAGCUGAGGCCGAGGGGCUUAUUCAGUGUGUCCCCAAAGCAUGGGUGAUGGGACAGAAUGCAAUCAGUGACCAGAGGCAGGUCGUCCGCGUGAAUGGGGUCAGCGUCAGUCUGUGACCCUAGUGAGGACUUAGUUGUAGACUAGGUCAGAGGUCAGCCCGUGCCGGGGCGGGGGCUGUUCAUAACCGUGGCUACGGCAGCAUAGCCAUGGGCUUCAAUAUUGGAGCUGUGGCUCUUAGGCUGUCCACUCAGUCAACUCGGGCCCCGCCACACAACCCUGCGGGCUGGGCAGCCCACGCAGCCCACGGGUUUCUCGCAGCCCUGGAGGCUGGACGUCCGAGACCAGGGUGCCGGCAGGGCUGGGUUCUGCGAGGACCCACUUCCUGGCCUGCACACGGCCCCCUCCUCGCUGUGUUCUUGAACCUGGCAGUGCGGGGAGCUCUGCUGUCUGAUCUUACCGGGGCCCGAACACCUUCAUGGGGGCCCGCCCUCAUGACCUCAUCGGAUCCGAUCACCUGCCCAUGGCCCCACCUUCAAGCACGCCACACCAGGGCUGGCGCUUCAACGUAGGAAUCUGGGGGGACACAAUUCAGACCAUAGCAUUUUGGCCCCUGGGUCCCCCAAAUUCAUGUCCUUCUCACAUGCGAGGUACACUCAUUCCUUCCCUGUUCGGUCUAACCCCCUGCCUUCUACCCUCAGUGGGACGGCAGCUUCGUCUCCGUGGCUCUGGGCGGGCCUUCUCUCCCGGCGGUUCUGCCCGUAUCAGGAUGGAUGUGUCCCUGGGGUCGGGGGGUGCCCCGUCCAGGAUGGUGAGCAGCUUUCUUGGCCCGCACCCCUGGAAGGCAGUAGCACUCGCCUGCUGGGCCAACCACAGCGUCCUCGGACACCGCCAAGCCUCCCCUGGGGCCCGGAAGCCCCCUGCUUGAGAGCCACAGCCCUAGAGUAGUCACGUCGUAGCGAGUCAGGUAGCGAGUCAGGUGAACAAACGCGCGUGCACCUGUCAAUAUUUGCGGAAUGAAUGUUCCAGGCUGUGCUAGGUGCUGGGUGCCCGGAGCACGAAGGCAGAUAAGAAAGACUCCGGGCCAGGGCACCUCCAGUCCCGGGGGCUGGGCCGACAGGCAGACAGGGAGGUCACAAACAUUUUACCGCACGAACCACCUGAGCUGACGGGGCUGUGGGCUGGAGUGGGGGUGUUCAGGGAGAAAGUUCUGAGCGGCCAGAGGAGACCAGGAAGGCAGCUGGUGGAGGGACCACACUCACGGCCACCUUUCCCACCACUGUGGGACCUUGGGCAGCGUCAUGCCCCUCCCUGGCCCCAGGCUCCUCAUCUGCUAAAGCAGAGAUGCCAUCUGCGGGAAAGGGCCCAAACUGGUGGGUGUCAGGGAGCCAUGCAGGAAAGACCCCAAUGCCAGGCAGUUCUGGGACUCAGCCCUGGCCCACGUCACUGUGUUGACUUGAUCGAGGUCUCAGGGUGAGAGGGUGGAAGCUGCUCCCCCCAGGGGCGUCGUUCUGCUCCCCCCGCCCCCCGCCAGGAGAGCUGGGAGCUGGAGCUCACUGCCCCAGUGAGGGCCUUGCCGGCUGCACGCACUCGGCCCUGCCCUGUCCCAGGGGUGAGCCCAGGGGGGAUGAGGUCAGAUGCCAAAGCGAGGACAGACAUGUCACCUCAGGGCCAGGCAAGCAGCAGGAAGCGAAACAUGCUCUCUCCACCCCUGGGAGGGGCCUGUCACCUCCCCAGACACAUGGAGUCAGCAGGCAGUGGGCGUGGCCUGUACCUGCCCACACCCACCUGGACACCCCAAGGGGUCAUGGGGAGACUGUUUACAAAUGGAGGGUCACGUUUAGAGUGACCACUAACAGGGACCACUAAUGGGCCCCUAGGCCAAGAGCAGAAGGAAGCCACUGGGCCCUGAGCUGGAGGGGUGAGGGGAUGGUCUGGGUCCCCCAGGCUGGCCAGGUUGGUGGGAAGGGAGGAGGCUGGUCCCCAGGGACACGGCCACCUCGCUGUCGGGGCACGGAGGAGGACAUGGCCCGGCCUCUGCACCUCCACACUCAGGUCUCCAGCCAUUGGAAGCCCUUUGGGGCCCUUCUGGUAUCCUAGCACACAGACAGGGUGGAGAGCGGGUCUGGGGCGCAGCCUGCGUCCAGACCGGUGCCCCCUUCCAUGGCCUCCUCAAGAGGCAGCUAAUGCUCCAUUUCCCAGACUCCCUUGCAGCUAGCGUUCCGUGUCCUGGGGGGAUUCAGGAAGGUGGUGAGGGCUAAGCCUGCAGCCCAGCGUGCACACAUUUCCAUGCACCACGCCGGUGCCCUUGGGCUGUGCCAGCCCCCCUCCAGCCUCAGGGCCCUUCCCAGAACGGUCUCCCCCUUCCCUGUGCCCCUCUUGGGUGUGGCCAUUCAAGGCCCCUAGUCCCGGGGGGACCAGGAGCCCUGGGAGCAGAGCAGGGCCUGAGGGAGGCUGGGCCUCAACCUUGGCCUUCCGCACUUACCCCACCCUGGCCUCACUGUGAGCUCCAUGCCUCGCCCUGGGGGUGCUGAGAGAUGGCAGAGAGUGGGGAGGGCAGCCCUGCCCCGGACAGGCCCCACCUUCCGGAAGCAGAGGGAGAGGACAAGGGGCGUGGUGGGGCGGCCAGAGAUUGGGAUCUACCUGCGCUGGGGUACUUGCUGGCUGGGGUCCGUGUUGACCGUGGGCGGUGGAGCCUCCCCCUUGCCAGGCGAAGCCUAUAAAGCCACCCGGCGUCCAGCCCUGGGCCGCCCGUUGGUGACCAUGAAGGCUGUCCUCCUAGCCCUGCUGGCUGUCGGCUUGGCCCUGCAGCCAGGCUCCGCUCUGCGCUGCUACUCCUGCAAGGCCCAGGCGAGCAACCACGACUGUCAGCAGGUGCGGAACUGCACCAGCUCCGAGACGUACUGCUGGACCGAGCGCAUCCGUGUUGUUGACAUCGUGACCAGGAUUAGCAAGGGCUGCAUGUCGCACUGCGUGGACGACGCCCAGAACUACUACGUGGGCAAGAAGAACAUCACGUGCUGCUCCACUGACCUGUGCAACGCCAGCGGGGCCCAUGCCCUGCGGCCAGCGGCUGUCGCCCUGGCGCUGCUCACCACUCUCGGCGGCCUGCUGCUGUGGGGUCCCAGCCGGCUAUAGGAUCCGGGAGGGCCCCCCUGUGUCCCACACUGGCUAUCAGUGCCCAGGGGUCCUGGAGCGCUCUUCACACCCACUGGCCCAGUCGAGACCCCUCCGAGACCCCAGCUCAUGUUGGGCCAUGCCCCUCUGCCCCCUCCAGCCUUCUGUGGCUCCCUCCAGAAGCCCUGCCCAGCUCCCCCUGCUCAGCAGGCUGGGUCCUGUUGAUGUGGCACCGUUCCAAAUCCCUAGAACCCAGCCUGCACGUGGUCUGCCCAACGCCCAUGUCGCAGCCCCCUCCUCAACCCCUGCUUGGGCAUUUCUUCCUCCGGCAAGACUUCUCUGCCCCACCCCCCAUCGGCGGAGCCAUUCCCACCCAUGAUGUCCCCCGCAACCAGCAAGGAGCAGGCACUUGGGAGGCCCCAUAAAGGCUGAAUAGAAUUAGGGGCAGGGAGUGAGAGGUCCCAUGGGCCCCAAGAGAUGAGGUGUGGAGGGGGUCCAGCUCCCCAUGGCCAUGGGAGUCCUGAGGCAAUAAGCCCAACCCACAGGAGGCCCUUAAUAAAAUCCCCCGACCUAG